AUGAAAAAAGUUGCAAUUAUUUUUUUUGUUUUCUUUAUUGAAAAAAUUUUCGGCAUUAGUAUUCAUUCGAAAAAAAAAUACCCUAAUGUAGAAAAUGGAGUAUACCAGUUAGAUAAUAGAGGAAGACCAAUAAAAAUUGUUGAUGUUAAUUAUGAACAUAUAUGGGAAAUACCUAAAAAUGGAGAUAUUAACUCCUAUGCUGUUGUUAAAAAGAAUGGAAAAGUGAAAAAAUUUAGUGAAGGAACAAAUAUAAUAUAUGGUACAACUAAACGAAUAAAAAAAGAAAAUGUAGAAGAAACAGAUGAAAAUGAAGUUAAAAAAGAAAUUAUAAAAAAAAAGAAGAUAAAAGAUAUUAAGAAUGUUUCUAGUGUUUCUAAAAAAGAAAAAGAAAAGACAGAAGAAAAAAAAACAAAAAAAAAAAUAUUACCUCGUGCUAUGCAUAUUACAGCAGACGACAUCUCAUCAACAGAAGAAGAAAAGGAAGAAGAUGAAGAAGAAAUAAAUAUAGGAAAGGAGUUAGGAGUUGCAAUAAAAGAAAAUUUGGAGUCGCAUUAUGAAGAAUCAAAAAAUCCUUCUUCUCUAAGUAUUGAUUUAUUAGAUGCUAAAAUUCCUGAUAGCAUAGAAAAAUUGUUGAUGGAAGAUUUAGAAGAAAGAAAAUGGAUAUCUAAAAAACCUGUUAGUGAUAAAAUAUGUUUAAGAGAUUAUUCAAAACAGUGUCCUUCUACAUGGGAACGAGUAUCAGAAGUACAAUGUAGAUCACCAAAAGAUUAUUCUGGACCUUGUUCUCAUAUUAUGGUUUUUGAACCAAUGACUGCAAAAGAAAAAAGUCAACUAGCAAUAGAUUGCAAAGUCAACUGGCUAUGUAUUAAUGAAUCAUGUGGUAAUAGUAAAAGGGAUUAUUCAAAAGAUUGCCCUGAAAAUUGGGAAUACACAGGAAAAUGUGAAGCUCCUGAGAAUUAUUCUGGAGGAUGUAACAAAAUAAUGGAUUUUGGUGCUUUUACAGAAGGUGAAAAGGAGGAAUUUUCUUCAGUCUGUAAAGUGGUUUGGCCAUGUAAAGAAGAAUCAUGUGAAAGAGAUUACUCAAUAACAUGCCCUAAAGGAUGGUCUUACGAUACAAAUAGAGAUAUAUGCAAAGGAAACCAAGAAUUUGAAGGAUUAAUUUCAAAGGAAGAGAUGGAAGCUAUAAGCCAUAUGUCUUACCAUCAAAGAAUGACAUUUUCCUCAAAAUAUGGAAUUGCAUGGCCUUGUAAGAAUAAAUGCACUUAUGGUUACGAUAAGUAUCCUUGUCCAAGAGGAUGGACAAAUUUAAUGAACUCCGGAGCUUGCAAAGCUCCUGAUGAUUAUAAUCCUCCAAUGAACUGUCCUCGUAUAACACAUUUUGAUUAUAUGAAUAUAAAUGAAAAAGAAAAAUUUAGUAUAAAAUGUAAUGUUAAAUGGUUAUGUGUUGAAAAUGCACAAAGAGAUUAUUCAAAAUGUCCAAUGCAUUUUGAUUACAUAGAUAAAGGAAAUAAUAAAGGAAUGUGCAAGCCAAAUGAUAAAUAUAAAGGACCAUGUAAGGAAAUCCAAAAUAUUUUAUCUUUAUCGCUUGAGCAAAAAUAUAACUUUGAAGAAACUUGUGAAGCACAAUUUCCUCAUAUAGAAAAUGAAAACAUUCCUCAAGCAGAACAAGAUAAUAUUCCUAAAAGUACUAUAGAAAAAUUACUAAAUGGAGCGGAUAUUUCUAAAAGUGGAAUCACAUUAGAAUAA